AUGGAAGCCGACUUGCACAACGUGAUCAAGAAGCUCACAAUCCUGAAGGAUAUCCACAAGCAGUACAUCAUGUGCCAGUUGUUCCGAGCCGUCCGUUUUCUGCACAGUGGAAAUGUCCUACACCGUGAUUUAAAACCAUCGAAUGUGCUGCUGGACGCAGACUGCAGAGUGAAACUGGCUGAUUUUGGCUUGGCACGAUCGCUAUCACAGCUCGAGGAUUACCCGGAAGGGCAAAAUAUGCCCGAACUAACAGAAUAUGUGGCAACGAGGUGGUAUCGCUCGCCGGAAAUUUUAUUAGCAGCAAGACGUUACACUAAGGGUGUCGAUAUGUGGAGUUUAGGUUGCAUCCUGGGCGAGAUGCUUCUUGGUCGUGCUCUCUUCCCCGGUACUUCGACGAUCAAUCAAAUUGAACGGAUUAUGAACACAAUACCGCGUCCCUCCAAGGUAAGUCUGCAGCGCGUUUGUUUUUUUAAACAUUCUUGCAUAUUAUGA